CCAACGACAACCGGACCUGCUCUGUCCUGUUCUAUCCAUUCCGAAGCGCGUCCAUUUAUAGUGACGGUUGACAUUAAUCACAAUCUCUAAAAUCACUUCCAAGCUAGUUGAAUUCUUGCGGAAUUGCUUCUAUUAUCAGCAAAUACCAGCAACAUCAUAGAGCUAGCUAAUCAUGACGGACGAAGACAAGGCCAAGGCCGAGAAGGUCGCUGCCGCUAAGAAGAGGCUCGAAGCACUGAAGAAGCAGAAAGCCAAAAAGGCCGGCGGCGCAUCCAAGAAAGAGGAGAAGAAGGAAGACAAUCCGCCAGCAUCCGAAGAAGCCCCUGCCGAGACUCCUUCGAGCCCCAAAGAUUCAGUGAACGAGACCGAAGAACAACCAUCCGAAGAAGUCACAUCCCCGACGGCUGGCGAACCGACAGCCGAGGAGCCCGCGGCGACUGAUACAACCACCGCUGAAGAGGAGGAGGAGAAGGCUGAAUCCCCGACUCCUUUGCAAACACCAACACUCUCCUCUCUCGCCGAACAAUCGCGAGCCCGGUCAACUUCCUUCCGCAAUGCCUCCAUCUCGGGCGCCCCCGGCCCGCUGUCCCCCAGCUUCCUCAGCCCAGAAGGCGAGACCGCCCCUGACAUCUACCGCAAGCACGUCAGUCGCAUAGAAGAGCUAGAGAAGGAAAACAAGCGACUGGCCAAGGAAGCCGCCGACGCAGAGAAGCGGUGGCAGAAGGCCGAGGAGGAGCUAGCAGAUUUCCGCGAGGCGGAAGAUGGCAAGCAAGGCGGGGAGGGGGCCGAGAACGUGGAGAAGCUUAAGAACGAGCUAGCCGCGCUGCAGCGCCAGAACACACAGCUGCAAUCGCAACUAGCGCGUGCAGGCGGAAACGGGGCCGGAGGCGGCGCCCACGGCCGCUCGCCGUCCAUCUCGGUGGGCGGUGGCGGGUCGCCGUCGGCUGCGACGGCGCAGCUCGAAGCGCAACUACAGAGCAAGUCGGCGACGAUCGAGACGAUGGAGCUGGAGAUGUCCAGGCUGCGCGCGCAGGUGGAGAAGCUGUCCGCUUCGGCGUCGGGGCCGUCCGAGCAGAUUGCGGCGUUGGAGGAGAAGCUGGCGAGGGCGGAGAAGGCGGCCGGGCUGGCGCAGCAGGAGCUGGCGGAUUUGAAGCAGAAUUUGGAUAGAGUGUCGAAGGAGGCGGUCAAGGAGGGGUCGCAGCGCGCGUCGGCGGAGACGAAGCUACGGACGCUGGAAAAGGAGGUGGAGGAGGCGAAUAAAGCCAAGGACGAGUUGGCGAAGAAGGCGGAGGCGCUGGAGAAGAAGGUCGCUACGCUUACAACGUUGCACAAGGAGCAGGAUGGCAGGACACAGGCUCUCAGGAAGGAUAAGGAACUUGUGGAUAAGGAGGUGGCGGAGUUGAAGCAGACGGUUGAGAAGUUGGAAGAGGAAAACCUGAAGCUACGGAAAAAGGACGCUCGGGAAGGCGGCGGUGUAGAGGAAGGUCUGGAUGAGCUUGAGGAGGAGGGCCGUCUCAAGUUGGAGAAGCGUAUCAGAGAGCUUGAAGCCGAGAACACCGAUCUCAGGAGGGGCAUCUGGCAUGAGAAGAGGAAGGAGCUGCAAGUCGGGCCUGAGGCGUUCGAGACUGUCGACCUCGGCGGUGGACUGCACUCGUCCGCACACGGCCACCAGCACCACAAGAGCCGGGGUGGGCUGGGGGACUUCUUUACGAGUGGCCUUAAUGCGCUCACCGGCGCUGCGGGUGGCAGUGAUCAUCAUCAUAGCCACGGCGGUGCUCUUGAUGAGUUGCUCGAGGAUGAUGACAUGGAGUUUGAUGAGGAAGCAUUCCGUCGUGCACAUGAGGAGGAACAGAAGAAGAGACUUGAGCGAAUCAAGGAGCUCAAGAGGGCGCUGAAGAACUGGGACGGCUGGAGGCUCGACUUGGUGGAGAAUAGGCGGGGUGGUGGUGAGGGUAUUGGUGAGAUAUUCGAGGUCUGAAAAGAAGGGGCCGGGUCUGCGGUCAUUUACUCUGGAAUAUCAGUUUCCUAGCCUUCGUAUGAUGCAGGCUGUGAAUAGAGAACACUCAUAUCGUAAUGUGCUAUGCAAGAUUCAUGUUGUACAGCUAGCAACGAUUCCGAGGAUGUAAUAUUUGUUCGGUCG